CUUAAUCAAAUAAAUCGUUGGCAACCUAUCUGAUUAUUCAUCAAGAAUUAAUGAUAAUUUCAUUUUUUCACAAUAAUCCCUCGAUGUAUAUAAAAUCGACGCUGGGGUUAUCCACAAAUCAUUCAAGUUUCAUUUUGAGCAAGACAACAAUAUGGCUGAGUGUCGUCCAAUUCCUGGUGAAUACACCUGGCAAAAUUGUGAGGAUUUUCAACUACCACAGAAUUCUGUCUGGUACGGAAGAGACGAUGAUGGCAGCGAUAUUUUCUGUGGGAAGGCAUGGUGCGAUGGUGAAGAAGUACCAGCAAAAGUGAUCCCGAAUAGAAGAGAGUGCAAAGUUAUCGACAACGGUUGCGAAAGAGUAGUACCUAACUGUAGAAAGGUACUGAUAUGCAGAAGAGAUGAAGGUGAUAACUGUCACAGAAGGAGGGAUCAUUGUCAUAGGCGUAGGUCCUGUCACUGCCACGAUGAUUCGUCCAGUAGUGAAUCUGACCAGGAAGAAAGCACUACCACUGAAAAAUCGACAUGUUGUAACAACGAGAGUAAAGUUCUGGAGAAGAAUGUGAAGAGCUGUAGCUCAUCCACCACCACUAUUGUGAAGAAAGGCUCUAAGAAUCAUCACAAGAAGGGGGGCAACGAAUGCUGGUAUGAAACACGCACAAGAAUGGUGCCCAAAGUGACAGUCCAACCUCGCGUUCGAUACUUUCCAAAAGUGAUAAAUGAGCGCACUGUUCGAUACGUCCAGGAGCGUUACACUGUCAAAGUAUGUGGAGGGAGAUGCUGCGAUUCUUGUGAAUCACGCGAAUCUUCCGAAACCUGCCGCCCCUGCGAACCAUGCAACCCUUGCGAACCAUGCGAACCUUGCAACCCUUGCGAACCUUGCAACCCUUGCGAACCAUGCGAACCAUGCGAACCGUGCAGACCAUGUGAGCCUUGUGAACCAUGUCAGCCUUGCGAACCAUGUGACCCUUGCAGUUCUAACAGGAAAAACAAGACUGUUUUGAUAUCUGAACAUUCAGAGGAGAAGAAGCAGUCUCAUAGAUGCAGGAGUAAAUCCCCAUCGCGUAAAGUAAAGUGGUUCUGAGGAAAUUGAUGCCAUUGAUUCAACAAGAUGACGACCAGGCUGUUUAUAGGAACGUUUCUUAUGGCUUUUAUGCGCUUUUUAAUCUGUUUAUUCAACUUUGUUAUAUUUUGUAAUAUAUUAUUGCUUCAAAAAUAUUUGAGGCCUUCUUAAUUUAAUUGAAAUAUUAAGGCAGUAUCUAUAUAUAAUAAUAACAUAUUAUUCUUAUUUUCUGAUGUCAUGUUUAAAGAACAAUAAAUAUAAUAACUCAAUACAGA